AUGUCGAGCUGGGUCGCAUUGAAUGUUGAGCCCGAUGAGGCCGUCGAAGAGGAAGUUGACGACACCAAGGAGCUUCAGAUCGAGGAAGCUUUGAAGCUUUACCACAGUGCCUUGAAGCUGCAUUCACAGGGGCCAGAGCAUUAUUCCCAGGCUGCUGAGGCCUAUGAAGCUCUUCUCAAUUCGGAGAUCUUCAAAUACCCAGAGUCUAUCUCCGAUUUCAAAAGGGGUGCAUUCGACGAUGCGCACGAUGAAAUUGCUACAGAAUCAAUCGCCGAGUUCAACGUGAACGACUCUACCUCUAGUCUAUUCCAAACGCUCUAUCUGUCCUAUAAAAACCACGGCAAAUUUGUCCUCGAUUCAGUACAAGACUACAUACGAACAGCGCCACAGACUCCCGAAUCCGAGCAGGAAACACAAAGGAAGUUGACGGAGGCAUCCAGGAAAGCUCUAGGAUCUUUCGGAGAUGCCUUAGAACGAGACGACUCAGAUCUCAACCUCUGGAGGCAAAGCGCAAGACUCAGCAGUUCCUUAAACAGCUACCGCUUGUCUCGGUAUUGCUUGGAAAGUGUGCUAGCAGACGAUGACAACCGCUUGGAACUACGGUCAGAGCAGCUUGGCCUAGAGGAGAUAUUUGCGGAGCAGCGCCUGCGAAGCACGCUGCAGUCCCUCUUUGACAAGUUAUCUGCCUCGCAAAUCCCUGUACAGAGGCCAAAGAAAGCUUUAUUGAAAUACCUCAAACAGCAUGAGGAUCCAUACCCGAACCUGCCCGCCCUUCCCGCCGAUUUGAGCUGCCUGGAUCCGUCAAAGGGCCCUCUUGCCCUGCACGCUUCCCGUCGAGAGAUAAGCCCCGCUGACCCAACCUGGGAGUCAGUUGGGAAGGCGCUUCUCCAAGCUCUUGACGGUGAAGAUGAUGACUCGCUCGCUGUUGUUCCCACUCGGUCUAUCGGCAUUAUCUUACCAGCCAGAAGCUCCCAAGCUCCCACUACACCCAUCGCAAAUGCAGAGGACACGGAAAUGGCCAUUGAUACCGAGGGGCGCGGAAACAAGGGUGGUAACGAGGUUGCCGACGUGAUGAUUGAGACAACUGAAAAUGAUGGCAAGCCUGAAGAAAGUUCACCUCAGCCAACGAAAGAGCCCUCUGAGCCAGGUGAGGAACAAUCAUUCAUCGAUCAAAGUGCUGAAAAGCAAUUGAUGGAGUCGUUAGAACGUCAAUCGACGCAGCCGCAAGAUCAACAGGCCGAACAAGAUGGGACUCACGCAGAAGUUGACACGAACUCUGCAGUGGACAUUCGCAAAAGAUCGUCUGCAUCAGCUGCGAACGAAGAACCAGAGGGCGGUCGCAUGAAAAGCAGACGGACUAGAGCCCGAGAGUCAAAUGCCGACACUCUAGCACCACCUGAAGAAGUUGCAUUCGAUCAAGACAAGUACUAUGAAGACCGUCUUGAGGUUUUUGUCAAUGCCGAUGAUUGGAUGUUCAGCACUGUCGACUCUCUCUUCUCGAAGGUCGGUAUUGAUGCACUCGGUAGCAUUGGAAGUCUGAGAGAAAAGUGCUCUGGGAAUGACUCAACCGAUACACCCCAAGAUCUUGAGACGCGCUUGUUUCAGGAUUUCCGAGGUCUCAUCAAGACAUGGGACGACGAAAAGUCUCGACUGAUGCAGCAGAAAGAUGAUUUAUCUCCGCUGAAGGACAUCCGUGGCACAAGCAAGUCCGGAUUGGCUGUUUUCCUUGAGCACUCAAGAAAAGGGACUCGGAAGUCAGUUAUCGAAGAAGAGCUUCCUUCUGGGGAGCAACUUUAUCAUUUUUCCAAUGCCAUCAACUCUGACUGGCUACAUCCCCAUGAAAUUUCGUUCGAAUGGCUAAAGUGUCUUCUCAUGCCGGAUUUCGGCCAAGAAUCUUCAAAUUGGUCGACAGCAAAGUCGACUUACGCCGGUUUUCUGUGGUCAAAGGACCUAAAGAAAACAGUGGUAGACCUUUUAGUUCAGGAGGAUGAAUUUACCUACCAGGUGUGCAGCGAACUGAUCGCCAAUCUUGAAGCUCGAAUUCUUGGCUCAAGCAAUGGAGCUCCAUUUGAAUAUAAGGCUAAAGACUUCUUCGAACUUGAGAUGAUACAAACUAUCUACGAACUUCAUUUGGAUGUUUUUGCUUCGGUUGAGAGUCUUGGCAGUGAGACAGCCCAGGAGACAAGACUCGCACAGCGUGAUCGGUUGGCUCGAUGGGGUAUGCUAGCCCGGUCAUCCAUAGAUCAUUUUGUCAACCACAGCCCAUCCGGCGAAUCCCAAUCAAACCUCACUCUGCGCCAUUUGUGGGCGUCGGCAUUCCAUAUCAAUCUUGCCGGGGACGCACAGCGAGAACAUAUCCUGCUCUGUCUUCAAGACCUGAAGCAAAUACUUCAGUCCCUUGGAAACCCAAGUGUCAAUCUCAUAAAUAAUGCUACGAUGUCAGAAUUGUCCGCUGCUGUGAUAGACCAGGAGGUCUUGAAGCUCAAGUGCAUGGACUUUUUCGCCAAGGUAUUCAACUCAGACUCAGAGGAUCCCGUGACUCUCAUUGAAGCAAUAGAGCCAAUUCUUGAACCCUCGUCGAUUGAGUAUGCUGAAAUGCCAACGGAGAAUGACAUGAAUCACCCUACCUCACAUCUCGCUGAAAUGGCUGCCUUCCUCGAUAGAGGAGAUGCUACAUUGCGACUAUUCCUCUGGCGCCGACUCCAGGAGGCAUACCAAGCCAUUGACUACCCGCCUAAAGUUGUCUCUUGCUAUUUACGGAGCAUCGAAGUGGUAAUGGCAGAACUCGAGGCAGCGAAACACAGCGAAGAAACCAGCCAACAUCGUCAAGUAGCUCUGUUGGGCUGGCUCAAAGCCCUCGAUGGCAUUGUGGCCAAAGCUAUAGUGCUUAUCCUUGAAGAUUCGGAACAAGCAUUCGACUGUUUCGACAUGGAGCAUUUACAAACCUCAAUGUCUGCUGUAGCCCGCCUCGUGAGGCUGUUGCACAGCUUUAUUCUUUACGAGGACUCGGUGCGUGUAGGCCAGAUUUCUGGUCGCGACUUCCGAGGCUCAUUGGCGAAAUCGCUGGAAAAUAUGAAAGAAAGAAUGCGAGAGCUAUAUGUUCGCUGCUGGAUCUUGCAAUACACCCUCUUCAUGGAAGCGAUUGCCCAGAACAAGGAGCUUUUCGAUGAUCCACUUGAAGACCGCAUUCAUUUCCUUCGUUCGGUCCACAAUGCAUUGGGCGUUCGAUCGAUGUGCAGAUAUUCGCAAAAGAGGUUCUUGAAGCUUCUGAAAGCGGAGCUCUUUGGUCUUGAAACCAAGGGAGAUUAUGAAUUCGAUGUGUGCCAAAUACUUCUCGAUCUCCACGGUAUCAAAUUCUCUGCAUUCGAUGGGACUGUGGAUCAUGGAUGCCCUCCCGAGAAAUUAGAUCGCCCUACAGCGAUCAUGAUGAUCGACUUUGUUCUGCAACAAGCAAACAAAAUGAAUAUGAAGGACCUGUCCAAGUCCGAAUUGAAGACUACCAUUGAAAAGAUGCAGCAAGCGAUUGGCCCCGCUAAGGCCUCUUCGCAGACACCUCAGUUGACUUUCAAUCGUCGCCUUGUGAAUGCAUAUCUUAAAGCCCCACUCAACCCAUCCAAUCUUCUCCGUGCUGUUCAGGGAAUUACAGAGCUUUCGACGACAAUAGUUCCCACUGAGAAUGCGAAGAUCGCUUCGAAGGGGUGGUUCUUCCUUCUUGGCCAUGCCGCACUCACCAAGUUCCGAUCCCAGAAGCGCCUCAGCCCUGGUCCAACAAGCGAGCUUGAUGACGCCAUCGGGUUCUUUAGACAAGACUUGGAUCAUGGAACAGGGAGAUGGGAAACCUGGUAUAGGCUCGCCCAAACUUAUGACUCGAAGCUUGACGAAGACAUUACAUGGACAGCUGAUAAGAUCAAUAACAACCGGUCGGACCUAGCAGCAUUGCAGCGAAAUGCUAUUCAUUGCUAUGCCAUGGCUGUUUCAACAGCAAUGAGGACUGCAGAGCCAACGGCAGAGACCAGAGAAGUGAUGUCAGAUCUUUAUUCAGACUUUGGUAUCCGCUUGUACUCAUCCUCUCGCGAGCCGCUAUCCAUGGGAGCCUUCAGUGUUGCGGACUUCCCUCGCCAUUUCAGCAGCGAGGAGAGCCAACAAAUGUACAAGGGCACGCCCUUCAAAGAAAUGACGGCUUAUUCAACAUGGAAUUUUGCUAGCAACCUUCUCAAACGGGCAGCUGUCGACAAGUCUAAGCGAUGGAUGACUCACUACACGCUUGGCAAGUGUCUUUGGAAAAUGUUCAUCAGCGAUGAUUCUUUGAGAACGACUUCCAAAAAAGUCGAAAUGCAAGAGGUGAUAAAUGCUGUUCUCGAUGCUAUUGCUGCACUUCCGCAGCGAAGAGACUCACGCUCUGAUCCGAUCUUUGAGCCACAUUUCAAACUUUUCUCUUUUGUACACAAGCUUGUUCUUCGAGGAAACAUGACACCUGCCGAAGGAAGCAAGACCCUCCUUGCAACUCCCUGGGCCCGGAAGAUCGAGCCUCCUGAGAGCAUGGAGGGAUGGAACCCAUACAUACUCGAAGUCCUUAGGAAGUACAAGAGCGCUGACAAGUCCAACUGGCAUCAUCGCAUGGGUGUAAAGGCUGCGCAUGUCAUUUACGACGAGCAGCAAAACGCAACCGCUGCCAUUGCUGCCAAGCAGGAACUUUCCCAAAUAUUCACCAAGACACUAACGAUCCAAGUCUGGCGGCCAGAAUUUGAACGUCCGGGUCGACAUUUCGUUUACACGACCCGCUACGUGUACUUUUUUGUUGGCCUACUUGACCAACUUGACGAUCGCGCCAGCUUGGAUCAACUUUUGCGCCGUGUGAGAAAGAAGCAAGGCGAUUUCUUCAACCACACCAAGCUGUGGGAAGACAUUUGCCUAACUUAUGCAAAGAUCAUCCGCCGCGCAGCCAAGAUCAACGAAGGUCACGAAGAAAGCGUAUUCAAACCAAUCGGGUGGGAAGAGUUCUCCACCAAGACAGCUCGCUUGGAAAGCCUACCUCACCUUGGACCAGAGAGCCAGGCCAUCUUAGAACUACUUCGAGAUGCCCUAGAGCUAAAGAAGCUCAACAACAACCUAAUGAAAAUCACCAUGUUCGAAGACCUGAUCGCCGACCUCUACGCCCGACUCUACGAGACCAACACGCCCCACCUGGUCGAACAAGCAACCGAGGAAAACAAAGAAAAGAUGAAAGUCGACCACGUCCUCAUGGUAGGCGACGGCCUUCCCGAGACCUCAACCCCUCCAACGUCCGUCCCAGCAUCUGAUGCCCCGGCACCCCGCGGCCGGACAAAGGGCAUAGCCCGCCGCGACAUCCAGAAACGCGCCGACACGAUCGUGAACACAAAGCUGGCUCCUCGGGCCGUGGCGAGUAAAAUAACAGCUACGGGCGAGACGGAACCACCUGCGACUCCGCAGGGCGUUGGGCCGACUGCUGCCGGGCCGACUUCUGCGGCUGGUGGCUCAGCAAAGCAGGCUCCUGCUGCUGGGGAUGGUUCGGCUGAGCAGAGAGAUGAGCAUGACAGUGCUGAUGAGACUGAGCUGAGCGAGAAUGAGGACAUGAAGCUAGGUGAUGAGGGGACCUCGGCGCUUUUCCCUCAUGUUACUGAUGCAGAGGAAGGGGCGACCGGUGAUGAGGGUGCGGAGGAUGGGGAUGGUGAGGAUGAAGGCGAAGAAGGUGAUGGGGAUGGGGAUGGUGAGGAUGAAGGCGACGAAGGUGAUGCGGAUGGAGAUGGAGAUGGAGAUGGAGAUGGUGAUGGUGAUCGUGGUGUGACUGAGGGCGAGAGAGAUGACGAUGAGGAGAUGCAGGAUGAAGAAACAAAGUUGGAGGAAGAAGACAAAGAGGAGAAAGGUAUUCUCACUGCCGAUCAGUCGGUCAACGAUACUGAGACUGAGCAUGUCGCUGACAAGCCAGAUACCGGGGAACAAGAUGCCAUGGAUAUUACCCCAUCUGAGUCCUGA